AUGCACACCUCUAGUUCAAACGGCACUCAUGCUGCCGCUGCCUCUGGAACAAAUGUCCGUCGACGGACCACUAUCGACGCAACUACUGGUCACUGGGAUCUCGGAAAGACAAUCGGUGCGGGAAGCAUGGGAAAGGUGAAGCUGGCUCGCAACAAGGAGACUGGUGAACAAGUCGCUGUCAAGAUUGUUCCUCGCCAGUCAACCGACGAACAUCGCAAUGCCCAAGACCGAGAAAGAGCUGAUCAUUCCAAAGAAGUAAGAACCGCUCGCGAAGCUGCUAUUGUCACCUUGGUCGACCACCCCUACAUCUGCGGCAUGCGUGAUGUCGUUCGCACGAACUACCACUGGUACAUGCUGUUUGAAUAUGUCAAUGGUGGUCAGAUGCUUGACUACAUCAUUUCGCAUGGUCGCUUGAAGGAGAAGCAGGCGCGUAAAUUUGGUCGUCAGAUUGCGAGUGCGCUCGACUAUUGUCAUCGCAACAGCAUCGUGCAUCGAGAUCUGAAGAUCGAGAACAUUCUAAUCAGCAAAACCGGCGACAUCAAGAUCAUUGACUUUGGCUUGAGUAACACCUUCUCACCCAAGGGCCUCCUUAAGACGUUCUGUGGUUCCCUCUACUUCGCCGCUCCUGAGCUUUUGCAGGCAAAAGCUUACACCGGUCCCGAAGUUGAUGUCUGGAGUUUUGGUAUUGUCUUGUAUGUCCUUGUCUGCGGAAAGGUUCCAUUCGACGAUCAGAGUAUGCCUCAGCUGCAUGCAAAGAUCAAGAAAGGAGCUGUAGAGUAUCCGCCUUGGCUGAGUGCAGAGUGCAAGAACUUAAUCGCUCGCAUGCUCGUCACCGAUCCUUCGCAACGCGCCAGUCUUGGGGAAAUCAUGGUACACCCUUGGAUGACGAAAGGAUUCGGCGGGCCUCCUGAGAACUACCUACCUCCUCGCAAGCCACUACAGUUGCCACUGGAUCCCCGAGUCCUGAAGAAGAUGGAUGGCUUCGAUUUUGGUACUGCGGAAUACAUCGAGCAGCAGCUCACCAAGAUCAUACAAUCUGAGGACUAUCAAAAGUCUGUGGUUGCAAUGGAGCGCCGCCACCAAUCCGGACUCUCAGAUGCGCAAAACAAACAAGGUAGCAUGUUUGACUUCUACAAACGACGUAAAUCCACAACAAGUCGCGACACUCUUACUGGACCCUCUUCCGAGGCUGUUCAGCUGGGUUCAGACCCUUUGAAUGCUUACAACCCACUGCUUUCAGUGUACUUCUUAGCCAAGGAGAAGAUUGAGCGUGAAGAAAGGGAGUCUAAUCCAGGCGCUCUAGCUAUUCCUCGCUCGCCUGGUGAGAAGCCAUUGCAAUUGCCUGAUCUCCAGCCACCGGCGGCUGCUUACACGAACACUGCCACUUACGAGAUGGCCGGAGAGGCACCAACAGGAGGUAGAAGCCGUCCUCGAGCCAGGACACAUGGUGAAGAAGAAUUGCAGGAGGACGCAAAGAAGGCCAGAUCCACCGACCGCGCGCCUCCAGUGCCAUCUCCUGCCAUCGUUCUUCCUCCACCUGAACAUACACCGGUAAAGAAGGAGAGCACGGCAGCGGGCUUGCUCCGCAGAUUGAGCACCAGACGGCACAAAGACCCUGAAAGACCAGCCCCAGCAGCGACCAACGAUGCCUACUCCACCCCGAGAAAGAGCUUUAGCAUGAGGAGACAGCGAGACUCUAGCGCCAACAGACUACAGCCCGAACCUGUUCUCGAGAAGCCAGCAGAACUACUCACGCCAACACCCGAACGCGUUGGUUUAGGUCGCUCUACCAGCGUCAGCGCUGCCGAGAACAAUCGCGAUAACACUCGCAGAGGUGUUUCUGAGGGCUCUAGUGCUCGACCAGCAGUAAUGACCCCUCAGUCUAGCAGACGCGGCGACAGACACUACGGCGAUGCUUCUUCGGAUGCCGAAACCUCGGGCUCUAGAACAGUGCCUCUCGCUUCAAGGACCAGGUCAAUGGGUCACGGUCGCAAGGAGAGUUUCCAGGCUCGCAGGGCUAGAAGAAUGGACACUCGCACCGAAGACGUACCUGAAGAGACAGAUCAGGACCUCAGGGAGGUUGAGGCAUCUCAUGCAGUUAACAGUGCUGGUGAGAGCCCGAACGGAAUCAAGCCUGUCUACCUCAAGGGUUUGUUCAGUGUAUCGACCACCAGCUCAAAGCCUCUGGCUGUGAUUCGAACAGACAUCAUCAGGGUCUUGAAACAGCUCGGUGUCGAGUAUCGUGAGAUCAAGGGUGGAUUCAGCUGUCGCCACGCUCCUAGCAUCGAUAUGGAGAAGCCCAAGGACGAGCAAGCCGCGGCAGGAUAUGGAAGUCACAGACGAAAGAUCAGCUUUGGUGGGUUGAUGGGAGGCGGCAGCACCGACCCAGCUACACCCACACCCCCACGUCCUAGAAGAGAUAACAGCUAUACUGCCAGCGACAGUUCUGACGAUGAGGACGCAAGACGGGUUCGUGGUCAGCAGCACAACCGACCCGCUGGUGAAACUUCGACACAUGUGCAGAGCGAUCUUGGCGAAGGCAUGGUUCUCAAGUUCGAGAUCUUUGUGGUAAAGGUACCCUUGUUGAGCCUGCAUGGUAUCCAGUUCAAGAAGGUGGAUGGUGGCACUUGGCAGUACAAGAACAUGGCGCAAACCAUCUUGAACGAGCUGAAGUUGUAG